UGAUAAGGUAAGGCUCAAGGCGAUGGAGGGAACAAAGAGAAAGUGGAAAAAGGUGGAGGACCACGACGUUGUAGAGAAACGUGAUUGUCUCGCUGAACUGCCAGAACCUUUGCUUCACCACAUUCUUUCGUACUUAACAAUGAAGGAUGUGAUUACAACAAGUGUUCUUGCAAAGAGGUGGCGGUAUACGUGGUUGUAUGUCCCUUGUUUAAGUUUCCCAGCAUUGAAAAGGACCAGAUCUAAAGAAGUAGCUUUCAUUAAUAAGUCUUUGCUUGUUCAUAAGGGUUCAAAAGUUCAGAAGUUGGACAUCACGGUCAAGUACUACCGCACAGAAGCUCCCCUUGUUGAUUCCUGGAUCCAAUUUGCGUUGACACGCAAUGUAAACCAACUCUAUCUGGAUUUCCGCAGAUGCUAUUCACCUAAAUCCAUGUAUACACUAUAUGAUACUAUCUUCUGUUGUAGCUCACUGACAGUAUUGGCAGUGAAAAAGUGCAUAAUAAAGUUCCCGGUGAAGAUUAAACUCGGUUCCCUUAAAACUCUUUCAUUUGAGGAAGUCAAUUUCGAUGGUGGGGCUAUAAACAAUUUGUUAUCUUCUUGUUCAAUUUUGGAAGAGUUGUCUUUCACCACUUGCAACUUUGCAAACAAUCCUGAUCUUGUUAUUAUGAAUUCCUGUGUGAAGACCUUAAAGAUACGGGAGGAUAAUUUCUCUAGGAAUUCAACUACAGUAGAGAUUGAUGCUUCGUUUAUUCUUUCAUUUGAGAGUGGAGGCAUUUUUUCGAAGCGCUAUGUCAUCAAGAGAAUGGAAUCUCUCCGCAGUGCAAGUUUUGUCUGCAGCAAAACAUGUUGGUAGCGAUGUAGCCAUUUUACCAAUCUUGAGAAUCUUGCAUAUCUGUGUCAUGUUAAAGACCUUCGGAUGUGUAGCUGCUACAUUCAAGCAAUUUCCAAUGCAGAGUAUCAAACUCAAGAUUGUAGAGAGAAGCACAUCAUUGAUUUGAUAUCCUUUGAUGUCACACGUCUAUGGAUAAAGGCAGGGUUGAUUAAAUCGGAAUUGCUGGGCAUUGCCUACAUUUUAUCACAUUCGCCAAAUGUUGAAACUCUGAUCAUUAGUAUUGACAAGAUUC